CCAUGAUGCUGCGUCGCGCUUUGGUGACGCGAGGCCGCACGGGCGUGUGCCCUUUGGUUGGAAGGAAGCGAGGAGGAGGGGAAGGGGGGAAGUCUCAGGCGGGCUAGACGGUGACGAGGAGGAGGAGGAGGAGGAGGAGAAGAGAGGAGAAGCGAGGCGCGCGAGCCGGGCGUUCCGUGAGGCCGCGAGGCGGGCUCCCUCGUCACAGAGACGGAGAGAUAGAGAGAGUGACAGCACAGAACGCGCGUGAGGGCAAAGAGCCAGAGGCGGGAGCAACGUGAGGGGAGAGCGCGCGCGGGCGCGCGCUUGAGGGGAGGCCUCAGGUUGCGCCGCGCGCUCGAGGGGGAGGGAGGGGGGAGGGGGAAGGGAGGAAAGCGAGGCCCCGAAAUGGAGGCCGGAGAGAGCAGCGGCGGAGCAAGAGCAGGAGGCGGCGGCGGUGGCGGAGGAGGAGCAGGAGGAGGAAGCGGUGGUGGUGCUGGUGGCGGGAAGAUACGGACGCGGCGGUACCAUCUCUCAGCGUCCUCCUCGAAGCCUUACCCCAGGAACAAGCAGGGAAUUAUAAAUAUUGUGAAGGAAUCGGUGAAAAGUAUUGUUCCAACUUGGCUUCAGAGAUACUUCAGGCAAAAUGAAGAGACUUCCCCGGGUGAACAGAGAAGCUUGGAGGAAAAUGUAAACUAUCAUCCCGCCUUUGCAGAUGAUGUUGCUCAUAAUACCCUUGAAAUUGAUGGACGAAUCACUCCUGAACCAGCAGGGAUUACUUUAGAAGAGCCUACAACAAGUAGAUCCAGUUUAAAGUUCACAGAUAUUUUAACAAGACCCUCUCUUCAUCGUGGUCAUCUUAAUUGUAGCAUCUUAGAUUCCCCGCCACCAUUUUGUCAACCCUCCACGUCAUCUGCAUUUCCAAUUAGUAAUUCUGGACUUUCGCUUGGAAAAGAAAUGAAAGAUUCUACCUCUCAGCAUGAUGAUGAUAACAUCUCAACUACUAGUGGCUUCUCUUCAAGGGCAUCUGAUAAAGACAUAGCAGUUUCAAAAAAUGCUUCAGUACCGCCCCUCUGGUCUACAGAGACAGAAAGACCAGUUUCCCUUUCUCAGCAGUCAACUUCCAGCUCUAAAAAGCCUGGGUUUAAUCUAUCUGCCUUUGGAGCCCUCUCUCCUUCACUUGGAAAUGCAUCAGUUCUGAAGACAAGCCAGUUUGGAAAUUCUCCAUUUUAUCCUGGAAAAACCAUGUAUGGUGGUGCAGCUGCAGCAGCAAAACAGUCUAAAUUACGGAUUACUCCAUAUCAGACACCAGUACGGAGACAGAUGAAAGCCAAGCAAGUGAAUGCACAGUCCUAUGGUGUGACAAGUUCCACUGCACGGCGAAUCUUGCAGUCUCUGGAGACGAUGUCAAGCCCAAUAGCAGAUGCUAAAAGAAUUCCCUCUUCUGCUUCUUCGUCAUUGUCAUCACCUAUGGAAAGAAGUAUGCUUAAUAUCACUGAUUUCCACUCACCAAGAAAAAGGGCUGCUGAAUCCCAUUACCCUCCAGUCCAGAAGCUUGUGACACCCAAGAGUGUUUCAUUAUCACUGAGUCGUUUUAAACCGUCACUUACAUCCAGUACUGAUUCAGGCAGAAGUCGACAGAGAAUAGAGAUGAACCAUAAAGCAGCACAGGAGAAGAAGAAUCUGGAAGCAGAACAACAAAUGGAAUCUUCAAAAAGGAAUGUUGCAAGCCCCAAAUUCAGUCCUUCUGCAUCUAAUGGGCUGCCUCCUAUGGGAGGAGGUGGUGCUGGCGGCAAGAUGAGGAGGGAAAGAGGUGUCCACUAUGUGUCCAAACCUGCACAAGAAGAGGAGCUGGAGAUGCCAGUGCUACCAGAAAUAUCUUUACCCAUCAGUACAUCAUCUUUACCAAAUUUCAGCUUUGCCCCACUUGCUAGUACUACUGUUUCAUCUCCACCUAUCAGUGCUGCACAGUCAGUGAUAAACAAGGGGCAACCAGCCAGUAAUGCUAGCAGUCCUGUGUUCAGAUUUUCAUCUCCCAUUGUAAAAUCGACUAAAGCAGAAGUGGUGCCACCAAUGUCUGUUGGUGACUUUAAAUUUAGUAUUCCUGUUGCAAAAUCUUCUGAAUCUUCAGGACCCAAGGAAACUCCAGCAUUGCCUAUGAUUACAACAGCUGCAACUAUUAGCAAUAAAAGAGAGAGUGAGUUUGAUGGUCCUUUUAAGCCUGCAAAAAUCCUGAAAGAAGGAAGUGUUUUGGAUAUUUUGAAAAGUCCUGGUUUUACAUCUCCCACCACUCCAUCAGUGUACUCUUCAGCAGCCACUCCACCUGUUGCAACAAAUACUGAAGUUUAUACAAGACCUGCAAUAAGUACUUUCUCUGGAGCUGCUUCGGGACCUGGAGAUUCACCCAAAACACCAGUGUCAAGUUACUGGAAGUGUAAUACAUGCCCCAUAGAAAACAAGCCAACAGACAACAAAUGCAUAGCCUGCCAAGCUGCUAAAGUGCCGGCAUCAGACAGUACUCGGUCGAUAGGUACUUUGACUGAAAACAUCACUGUCAAAUCAGCUGUUUCUACGACAGGGAUACAGGGCUUUGGAGACAAAUUCAAGGUAGCAGCUGGAACUUGGGAUUGUGAUACCUGUUUGGUCCAGAACAAACCAGAAAGUACAAAAUGUGUGGCCUGUGAAACACCAAAGCUUGGAACAGGAAUCAAACAAGCUCUUGUGCUACCUUUUGUCACAGACAGUGCAACAACAGCAGUUUCUUCCUCUUCUAGCUCUUCUGAUACUACAGUCACUUUGGGAUUUGGAGACAAAUUCAAGAAGCCAGAAGGCGCUUGGGAAUGUUCUGUGUGCUUAGUGUCAAAUAAUGCAGAGAGCAGCAAAUGUGUGGCCUGUCAGUCAGACAAACCAGGUGCUUCAUUGCCUGUCGUGAGUAGUAGUGCUUCCUCUUUGCCUGCUCUUUCUGGAGGACUUCUGGGUUUAGACAAGUUUAAGAAACCAGAAGGAAGUUGGGAUUGUGAAACCUGCUUAGUGCAAAACAAAGCCGAUGCCACCAAAUGUGUAGCUUGUGAAACUGCAAAACCAGGCAGCAAGACUGAACAUACAGGUUUUGGUAUUGCUGCUCCCUCAACUCAGUCUUCUUCAGUUUCAUCUGCUCCUUUGUUUAAAUUUGGAAUUCAAUCAUCAUCUUCAGAAUCACCUCCGACAUUGGGAAAUACAGGAAAAAACUUCAAAUUUGGGGAGCAAGGAGGAUUCAAAUUUGGUAUUACAACAGAAUUGGGAUCAUCGACAAACACUGUGGCAGGAGGCUUUACGUUAUCUAAAAAUGAAGGACCCAAACUGGGAAGCUUUCCUUCAGAGUCAAAAUCUGAGGACAGAAAAGAUAGCAAGAGCACAUUUAGCUUUGGACUUCCCUCUGGGACUAGCAGUACACCAUCUUCAUCAUUUCAGUUUGGAAUCACUAACCUUGGACAGCAAGAGAAGAAAGAAAGUCUUAGCAAUCCUACUCUGGGAGGUUUCACUUUUGGUACAGGAUCCUCAGCUUCCACUUCUACGUCUGAAAAUAAAACUGGAACAGGUGGCUUCAAAUUUGGAGAUGCAGUGGGGAAAGAAACUGGAGUCACAACCUUUUCUUCAAAUAAGCCAGUGGAGAAAAAAGAUGAAAUUCCUUCAACAAAAAGUGGCUUUGCUUUUGUUAAUGUGGAAUCUGUGACAGCUCCACAGGUUGUUUUAGGACGGACAGAUGAAAAACAGGAGUCCAGUGUCCCUUCUAAUCUAGUCUUUGGUAAAAAAGCAGAGAAUGAAGAUUCAAAGGCACCUGCACCCAUGUUUCCCUUUGGAAGGGCAGAGCAAACCAAAGACAGUGGCACAGUAAAACCUGCCUUUAGUUUCAGCUUGACAAAACCACCCGAGAAAGAAAUUGAACAACAAACAAAACCAGCUUUUACGUUUGGGGCACAGGGAAGCACCACAGAUCCAGGAUCAGCAAAGCCUGCAUUCAGUUUCCUGACCUCUAAUCCUACUUCUAAUCCUAUUGUGCCAAGUGUUUCUGUUGGUGGCAUCAGUGGUAAUAGCAGUGGUGGCGGCAACAUAUUCAGCAGCACAACCUCUUCCUCGAAUCCUCCACCAACCUUUUUGUUUGGACAGGCCAACAGCACUGUGAGCAGCUCUGUUUUUGGUAACCCUUCAGACUCCAAGUCCUUUGGGUUUUCUCAAGAGAGCAAGCCAGCCGCCACCACGACCAGUACAAGCGCUCCUGCGCCCUUUCUUUUUGGUAUAGCGGCCACUACUAACAGCACACCAAACCCUAUCUUCAGUUUUGCAGCACCUACCACCACAGCAGCUCCUACAGGUUCCUCCUCCUCCUCCUCCUCCUUUGUGUUUGGCUCUGGGACUGCAGCUCCUGCUGCGGCCCCAGCAUUUGGCGCCAGCCAGACCCCAACCUUUGGCCAAAGCCAAGGCCCCAGCCAGCCUCCUGCCCCAACCUUUGGAUCACUCUCUUCAUCUUCAUUAUUUCCUGCUGGCUCCCAGGCUGGGCCUCCUGCUUUUGGAUCUGUGUCAAGCAGCACACAGCCUCCUGUCUUCGGACAACAAGCUGCCCAACAGCCUGGUUUUGGCACAGGUACAACUCCUAAUUCUGGUCCAGUGUUUCAGUUUGGAAAUAGUGCUACUAGUUUCAACUUCACAGGAAACAGUCCAGGAGUAUUUACCUUUGGUGCAGCUCCUGGUACAUCAGCACAGCCUGCAGGCUCUUCAGGAUUUUCAUUCAAUCAGCCUUCAUUUAAUCUAGGCAGGAGUAGCGGGAAAAAUAUGUUCUCCACACCUGGAUCUGCAGUGUCUGGUCGGAAGAUAAAGACGGCUGUUAGACGUAGAAAAUAAAAAGUAUUAAUGAUUGUUAAAGACUGCAAAUUUCUUACCACAGCUGGUUGCCCUGCAUUGUUCAAUAAUUGAAUUGUACCUCAUGCUGGGUUUAGUUGAAGCCAGGUCUGCCUACAUUCUGCUUGCUUUUUUUCCUCCCCAUUUAGUUUUUUAAAAAAUAAUUAGAGUUGGUGGCAGGGAGGAUUUUGAGCAAAACUACUUUAGAAUCCAUCAGUUUUUCUUCACUGACUUGGCAUGGUCUGGCUAUAGAUAUAAAUAUAGCCUGCACAGCGAAUGGCUUCGUAUAAUACCUCUGUUUGCACCACUUUGUGCGCUCAUCUGCGUUUACUGACACCUCGAAAUUGUAAUUAUAUCAGAGAGGGGGAAUCUGUAUAGAGUAGAGAAUGUGGAUUAUGAAUGAUUUCUUUGCAGAGUUUGUGCUGAUGUACGUGUGAAGUGAGCAAGUUGCGUGUAUUGUGCACUAAAAUGUUCUGGUAGAAGAAGAAUGAUCAAAGAAUGGUCCAUGCUAAGGACUAGUUAGAUCUGUAGUAUUUCAUUCAAUAAUUAGACGCUCUUUCUAUUUUCAUUCUUACAGCUCCUUAUCACCUGUCUCGCCUUUUCAUUAUUUUAUUAUGAAACAAAUGUGUAAAUAAUACAAUUCUGUUUCUCUAUGUACUUUGGCAUAAGAAAUCUGUGAACUUGAAAUUUUAAUUUUGUGUGUUACAGCAAAUUUUUGUUUAGUAUUGUCUCAGAUUUUAUUAUGUAAAUCCCAUUAUUCAAAGUUGCCUAAAUCCAUUAAAGAACUUUAAAAUUGGGAAUUCUUAAAACGAGUUUAUUGGCUUUUCUGAUCCAUUUUUGUUUGGACCAAAAACCAGUAUUGUACAAAGUGUUAAGUAUAUAUUUUUAUAUUUACAGAAAUGGACUCUGGUGACUUUGGAUAAUAAGGAAAAGUUUAAUAUUAAAGCCAUGUUUAUUACAGUAUAAUUAACAUGUUAAACCAUGGGAUAAAUGCCAUCAAUAAAAAUUAUGAAAUACA